AAUUACAGAAUGCCCUUUCACUUGUCAUUUAAACCCCGGCUGUCGUCCGGCGCCUCCGCAACGGCAUAAAACCCUUAGCCGUAGAAUGACCAUAAAGCUCUUCAAGUAUGCUCUUCCUCACUCACUUCCCAUUCGUUUUCUUGUUCAUCCAUUCAAAAUUUCUUCAAGAUUCAUGUGCGCCGACAAUAAACUCGAUAAAUUGGUAGACCCACAAUUGAAAUUCCCAGGAGAUGAAUAUACUCCACAAGAAGAAAAUAAGUUAAAAGAAUCAUCUUUUUCGGUCCAAGAAUUGGGUUUCUUGCAAGAUUCAAUUUUGGGUUCAGUUAGCUCCAAAACUGAGACUGGUAAGUUGCCAGAUGAUGCUUUCUUGGUGAUAAAUGCUAUUUGGAACGGUAAUGAUGGGUUUGGAGAGAGAACUGAGAAAGCUCUUAGGCUGUUUAGGGAGAAACUCAACCCUGGUUUAGUGGUUAAUGUGUUGAGAAAUAUACAUAACCCUGAAUUAGGUGUUAAGUUUUUCAAAUGGGCUGGUAGACAAAUUGGCUAUGUGCAUAAUGCAUCUGUUUAUGAUGCUUUGUUGGAUUUAAUAGGAUGUGAGGGUGUACCAGAACAUCUUUUCCAUGAUAUAGGUAAAGAUGACAGGGAGGUGCUUGGAAAGUUGCUUAAUGUGUUGAUAAGAAAGUGUUGCAGGAAUAGGUUGUGGAAUUCAGCACUGCAGGAGCUAGGGAGGCUCAAGGAAUCUGGUUACAAGCCCUCCGCUAUGACUUAUAAUGCAUUGGUUCAGGUGUUUCUGCAAGUAGAUAGAUUGGAGACUGCAUCUUUAAUAUACAAGGAGAUGUCAGAAUUGAAUUUUAAGAUGGAUAAGCAUACAAUAAAUAGCUUUACGCGAUUAUUGUGCAAAGUGGGUAAAUGGAGAGAUGCCCUUGAUUUAAUUGACAAGGAAGAGUUUGCGCCUGAUACAGUGAUUUAUACUAAUAUGAUUUCAGGAUUAUGUGAAGGUUCCUUCUUUGAAGAAGCAAUGAAUUUUCUCAACUUAAUGCGUACUACUUCAUGUAUUCCUAAUAGUGUAACAUAUCAAGUUUUGCUUUGUGCACUCUUAAACAGGAGAAAACUUGGUCGCGUCAAGAGGGUUCUGAAUCUUAUGAUUUCUGAAGGUUGUUAUCCAGGUCAGAAAAUAUUUAAUUCUCUUGUACAUGCAUAUUGCAGAUCAGGAGAUUACUGGUAUGCCUACAAAUUGCUAAAAAAAAUGGAUGGCUGUGGCUGUCAGCCAGGAUACGUCGUUUACAACAUAUUGAUAGGUGGUAUUUGUGGCAACGAGGAGUUACCAAGCAAGGAUGUACUAGAAUUGGCUGAAAAUGUAUAUAGUGAAAUGCUGACUGCAAGACUAGUACUGAAUAAAGUCAAUGUGGUCAAUUUUGCUCGAUGCCUCUGUGCGUAUAGAAAAUACGAGGAUGCUUUUAGUGUUAUUAAGGAAAUGAUGAGCAAAGGUUUUGUACCUGAUAUCGGUACAUACUCGAAAGUGAUUGGUUUUCUUUGUAAUGCCUCCAAAGUGGACAAGGCAUUCCUGUUGUUCCAAGAAAUGAAGCGGAAUGGAAUUAUUCCAGAUGUUUAUACUUACACAAUUUUGAUUGAUAGCUUUUGUAAAUCUGGCCUUAUUCAACAGGCUCGUAAUUGGUUGAAUGAAAUGAUUCAAAAGGGUUGUACUCCUAAUGUAGUGACUUACACAGCUAUUAUCCAUGCUUACCUCAAGCAAAGGAAAAUUUUAGAUGCAAAUGAGCUCUUUGAAUCAAUGUUAAUGCAAGGAUGCAUCCCAAAUGUUGUCACUUUCACUGCUUUGAUUGAUGGAUACUGUAAAGCUGGACACAUAGAUAAGGCUUGCCAGAUCUAUGCAAGAAUGAAGGGGAGUUUAGAUACCCCUGAAGUAGAUUUGUACUUCAAGGUUGAUCGUGAUGGUAAUAAGGAACCAAAUGUUGUUACAUUUGGAGCUAUGGUUGAUGGUUUGUGCAAAGCACACAAGGUGAAGGAAGCUCGCAAUCUUUUGGAUGUCAUGUUAGCAGAAGGAUGCGAGCCAAAUCAUAUUGUUUAUGAUGCAUUGAUUGAUGGGUUUUGCAAGGUUGGUAAGCUAGAUGAUGCACAGGAGAUAUUUGCUAAAAUGUCAGAAUGUGGAUAUAGUCCAAGCAUUUACACCUACAGCUCUCUAAUUGAUAGGCUAUUUAAGGAUAAACGUUUGGAUCUUGCUGUAAAAGUCUUGUCUAAAAUGCUCGAGAGUUCUUGCCCCCCAAAUGUUGUUAUAUACACAGAGAUGGUAGAUGGCCUUUGUAAAGUUGGUAAAAUAGAUGAAGCUUAUAAACUUAUGUUGAUGAUGGAAGAAAAGGGUUGUCAUCCAAAUGUUGUAACCUAUACUGCAAUGAUUGAUGGAUUUGGCAAAGCUGGAAAAGUGAAUAAAUGUCUUGAACUCGUUGAGAGGAUGGGUAAUAAGGGUUGUGCGCCAAAUUACAUAACCUAUUCAGUUGCAAUAAAGCAUUGCUGUGCAGCAGGACUUUUGGAUGAGGCUCUCCAACUCCUAGAGGAAAUGAAACAAAUAAGUUGGCCAAAACACAUGGCCAGUCAUCUUAAGGUUAUUGAAGGCUUCAGACGAGAGUACUUAAUCAGUCUGGGUCUAUUAGAGGACAUGAGCAACAACAAUUUUCUUCCAAUUAUUCCAGUUUAUAGGCUUCUAAUUGAUAGCUAUCAAAAAGCUGGAAGACUUGAAUUAGCCGUUGAGCUACUUAAAGAGAUUUCAUCAUCUUCGCCAUUUCCACAUCUUGAUAAGAAAAUGUAUUCUUCUUUGAUCGAGUGCCUUUCUGUUUCAAGCAAAAUUGAUCUGGCAUUUGAAUUAUAUGCGGACAUGAUAAAGAAAGGUGCAGUUCCAGAGCUGACAGACUUUGUUAACCUCAUCAAGGGUUUAAUAAGUACGAAUAAAUGGGAGAAUGCACUUGAACUUUCUGAGAGCUUGUAUUACAUGUUACAUGCAUCAAAAUCCACCACCAUUCAGCUCCUUUAGAGGUCAAGAAAUGAUACAUUGAGACUAUCUCAUCCUAAGGCACUACCUGCUGGCACCUGAUAUACAUUCAUGGAGCUGCACUGGUUGGCAGGCUGCAGUUUGACCUUGUUAGUACCAAGUACCUGUCCCGGCUGCUGAAUGAGCCAGGCUUUUCUGAUUGAGCUGUUGAACAGGCAAUAGUUGCAUUGAAGAAGGGAGCACAUCUUUUGAAGUAUGGCAGAAGAGGGAAGCCCAAAUUCUACCCUCUAAGGUUAUCCGAGGAUGCAAAGGUUUUGAUUUGGUACUCUGGUGAGAAGGAAAACCAACUUAGGUCAAGUUCAAUCACAAAUGUCAUCUGUGGCUAAAGUACUGUAAGCACCUAAAGUGGAAAGUCAGUGCAUAUCACUUAUGUAUGGAAAUGGCGAGCACACUCUUGAUCUGAUUUGCAAGGACAAAAUGCAGGCUGAGGCUUGGUUUGUAGGCUUGAGAGCUGUAAUAUCCAGGACUCACCAUCACAGAAUGGUAGACCCUCUGAAAGCAAAAGAGGUGCACACAGUUGCAUCAGUAGUACAGCAGGUUAUAUGCGGAGGAAACAGAAUCUUGGACUUUCAGCAAAGACCAUCAGACCUUCUCAGGUUCACAGCUUAGGGGGAGUCCCACUCAGUCAUUUUCAGAAAGGUGUUUUACUGAUGGCUUAUCAUGUUCUUCUGGAAGCUUUUUCUCGGACCUAUCGAGUGUGCACAAUGUAAUGGAUAAUGUUACUUUUAUGUUCGUCGUAUUUUGAACUUGAUGACUUAAGCCAGAAGAGAGCAUCUUGUGCUGGGACUGAAAUCCAAACUGAUAUGCUUGCUCCACUUUUACCAUCCAGUAAUGAGUCAAGACCAUUUGGAAAGAAUGUACUGCAGGAUGCUUUUAUCUGGGGAUAAGCAGAAGAAGGGAG